UCAGUUCCCCCCGUGGUGGAUGCUGUCCCGGUGGCCCUGGCGGUGCCGGCCGUGCCCCCGGUGCCCCCCGCCCUCCGGCCCAUCAUCGCCACCAACACCUACCAGCAGGUCCAGCAGAGCCUGGAGGCACGGGCAGCUGCUGCGGCCACUGUAGUAACCCCCAUCGUGGCGCCCCCGGUGCCCUUUGUGGGGCCAGCCGUUCCUCCGCAGAGGCCCCCCAUCCUCCGACCUGCCUUUGUGCCCCAUGUGCUGCAGAGAUCAGGUGGUCCCCGGCCUCUGCCCAUGCGCCCACCCCAUCAUCCCUCCAUGGUGGGACCCCCAAUGCCUGGCCCCCAGGGCCCCCAGAUGAUGAUGGGCCCUCCGAUGCAGAGAGCCCCUGGCCCCCCUUUGGGGGGCAUCGGCCCCAUGAGACCUGGCCCACCUGUGGGGCCAGGGGUCCCCGUGGGCCCCCUGGCUCCCAUGGUGCCAGUGCCUCGCCCUGUCAUGGCUGCCCCGAAGAUCAACCCCACGGUCAUCCAGGCAGCCUCCACCGUCUACUCGGCCCCGCCUGUUAAGAAGCAGGAGGAGGAGCUGCGGGAGCCAGUGCCAUUGCUGACAGAGGAGAAGGAGCCAGCGGGGCUGGAGGAGGCGCUGAUCGGGCCCAGCAUGCCCGAGCCUGAGCCCCUGCUGCCCCCAGACCCCCGCGUCCUGCCCAGCCUGCGGGGCCCCGAGCUGCUGCUGCCCCCUGCCCGUGCCCGCCGCCCCCGCCUGCCUGAUACUGUCUUCGUACCCGUGGAGCCGGUGGUGGAGCCGGUGGCCGAGGACAAGAAGAAGACGAAGCAGGAGAAGCUGAAGCGUUGUAUACGCACGGCCGCUGGCAGCAGCUGGGAGGACCCCAGCCUGCUGGAAUGGGAUGCUGACGAUUUCCGGAUCUUCUGCGGCGACCUAGGCAACGAGGUAAAUGACGACAUCCUGGCACGGGCCUUCAGCCGCUACCCCUCCUUCCUCAAGGCCAAGGUGAUCCGGGACAAGCGCACGGGCAAGACUAAAGGCUACGGCUUCGUCAGCUUCAAGGACCCCAACGACUACGUCCGUGCCAUGCGUGAAAUGAAUGGCAAAUAUGUGGGCAGCCGGUCCCCUUGGUUCCAGGGCUAG